AUGAUUGACGAGGGUCAAAUGACAAUUGCUGUCAAGGUGCUCAACCUUUUGCGCCGUGGAGCUUCCAAGAGCUUUCUAGCUGAGUGUGAGGUCCUGAGAAACAUCAGGCAUCGGAAUCUUGUAAAGAUACUCACAGUUUGUUCAGGUGUUGAUUAUCAGGGUAAUGAUUUCAAGGCUCUAGUUUAUGAAUUCAUGGUCAAUGGUAGCCUUGUGGAUUGGUUGCAUCCAACUAGUACAGAGGAUGAGACGCACCUGGAGCAGAGGCAUCUGAAUCUUUAUCAGAGAUUGAAUAUCGCCAUUGAUGUUGCGAGUGCAUUAGAAUAUCUCCACUAUCAUUGUCAAACACCAAUCCUGCAUUGCGACCUCAAGCCGAGCAAUGUUCUUCUAGACGAUGAAAUGAUUGGACAUGUCAGAGACUUUGGGUUAGCGAGAUUUGCUCCCGAAGCUGACCAUAACUCUUCAGCCAAUCAGUCGAGUUCUAUUGGCGUAAGAGGAACUAUUGGUUAUACUCCUCUAGGUGAUCAAGACACUCUUUAUCAUUCCUCAUGUAUAAUCAUUUUUCUUUUAAUAACAUUUCUAAGUUUCAAGAGGAGUAUGGUAUGGGAAAUGAGGUGUCCUCCUAUGGAGAUAUAUAUAGCUAUGGGAUCUUUCUAUUAG